CAGAUUUUGAUAGAUAGACUUUAUGCUACUACAUUUUCCUUAAUUCCAUAACCAAUCUCAGAAACUUUUUUUUCUUUCUUUUUCCUCUGUUUUUAUCAAUGUCUACUCUCUGAUUUUCAAGAACCCAUUUUUAUUUCCAUGGCUUUGCCUCAAAUCUUACCUUCUUCUUCUUCUUUCACUCACAAACCCCACUUAAUAAACCCUACUAAUAAUUUCUUUUUAACCCCUCAAUCUAAUCCCCAAUAUCACUUUACCCCACUACCAUUCCUCCACCGCCGUCGCCGUCGUAAUAAUUACACUCUCCGAUGCUCCGCCUCUUCCUUCCCGGAGAAACACCACACCGGCAGCUCACCCAACUCGGAUGACGUCGUUGAGCUCCCACUUUUCCCUCUCCCUCUCGUCCUCUUCCCUGGUGCAAUCCUCCCGCUUCAAAUCUUCGAGUUUCGUUACCGUAUAAUGAUGCAUACACUCCUCCAAACCGACCUCCGUUUCGGAGUUAUUUACUCCGAUAGCGCCACCGGAACCGCCGACGUCGGCUGCGUAGGCGAAGUCGUUAAACACGAACGCCUCGUCGACGACCGGUUUUUUCUAAUCUGUAAAGGACAAGAACGGUUCCGGGUCAGUAAAGUCGUCCGGUCCAAACCGUAUUUAGUUGCUGAGGUGACGUGGCUGGAAGACCGUCCGUCAGCUAACGGAGAAGAUGACGUGGAAGGUUUAGCUAACGAAGUGGAAAAUUACAUGAAAGACGUGAUCCGUUUGUCUAACAGAUUGAACGGGAAAGCUGAAAAAGAGGCAACAGAUUUACGACGGAAUUUAUUUCCGACGCCGUUUUCGUUUUUCGUUGGGAGUACGUUUGAAGGAGCCCCACGGGAACAACAAGCGUUGCUUGAGUUAGAAGAUACAGCUGUGAGAUUGAAACGGGAAAAGGAAACUUUGAGGAAUACUUUGAAUUAUUUAACUGCUGCUUCUGCUGUUAAGGAUGUCUUCCCAUCUUCGGGAUGAAAAACGACUUAUUAGGUUGGUUACUUAUUAUUAAUGGAAAUCAUGGUUUCUGUAAUUUAUAUACAGGGUGAUGAUGAAUUGUGUUAUGAAUUUGUAAAUUUUGAUGCCUAAUACUAGUUUCGAAAGGUUUUAUAAUGUUGAUCUUGAUUUGUGUUUUGGUUCA